AUAUAAUCUCGACCACUCCCAUCUUACCCUCAUCCACAAACAAUAGUCUCACUGCGUAUUUGCUUGUUUUCUUUGCUCCAACAGCUGUUAAGAGAGAUCGAGAUCAUAUCCUGUACGUAUCAGCCAUGCUAGAAGGAAAAGCAGUGAUUGGAGAGACUGACAUGCUCCAAACCAUGCAGCAAGAUGCCCUCGAGCUUGCAGCAAAAGCACUCGACAUUUUCGAUGUCACUGAGGCCACCGAAAUUGCCCACUUCAUCAAAAAGGAAUUUGAUGGGACACAUGGACCUGGGUGGCAAUGCAUUGUAGGGACAGAUUUCGGUUCGUUUGUGACCCAUUGCUCUGGCUGUUUCAUCUAUUUUUCCGUAGGCAGCCUUGCAAUUUUGCUCUUCAGGGGAUCUGCGGGUCCAGGAGCUGCCGCAAACCAGUUCCCAGCCUUUGAGACAGUGAAAGCAUGAUGUUUUCUUCUCCAUCACUGCUGUUCUUGUACCCUAUGUGUUAGCUGUGAAGAAAGAUCUUUAAAACAUCCAAUAUUCUAAAUCCACCAAUCUUUAUUUUCAUAUUCCAAA